AUGGGAAAACAGGCAAAGAAGAUUAUAGCAGCCCUGGCCAUGGGAUCCCGAAAUAUCGGAGACUACAUUCAGGGAGGCCUCCCACGCAUGGCGCCCAAAAUGGCGGACCAACGCGCUGAUAUCUCGUUGUCCGAGAAGGAACCCUCUCUGGAUGCAUUAGAUGAGAUCCCCCAAGUCGGUGGCCUGCAUGAGGAGUCCUCGGAUGAGGAGAACAACACCCCAGCCACAAAAGGAGAUAUUAAAUCAUUACUCCGCGAUAUCCGCAAGAUGUUCCAGGCGGACCUAGCAAUACUGAGAGAAGAUGUGCUAUUACUCACAGGUCGAAUAAAGGCCGCAGAGGAGACAUCCAACCACCUCAAAGCCGAGCAAAGCACACUUGCCGCAGAGCAGAAAUGGCUAACAGACUCACAAGACACCAUGUCACUGAGAAUGAGCGAAUUUGAAGACCGCAGCCGCAGCAAAAACAUCAAGAUUAAAGGCACACCUACCACGGUAGAGAAAACGGAACUGCCACAAUAUAUAAGAUGCCUGCUUCAGCAAAUACUUCCCCACAAGCAGGCUAAAAGUAUCCUGGUGGACAAUAUUUACAGAAUCCGCAGGGCAGGGCAGCGAUGUCAUAAUACAGCUUGUCACAUACUUGGACAAAGCGGCAAUCAUGACAGCAGUCAGGGACUCACCCUCCCUGUCCUUCGAGCAACACACUCUGACAUUUUACAAUGA